AAAGGGGCAUUCCUACCCAUCCCCCUCCUCACUAGUUCGGACAGAAUCAAGGGAAAGGAGGAAAGAACCUAUACAACUUCAUCUUCCAUAGCAAAAUUCGAGCAGAGCUCAAACAAGAAAGUUGGGAGGAAGUUAAAGAAGGAAAAAGCUAGAAAAAAGUGUGAAAAUUAAGGAACUUGAUUUAAAGUAUUUUUGAGCUUCGCCGGAGUUUCGUCGGAGUUGGUCAAAGUUCGCCGGAGUUGGUCAAAGUUCGCCGAAAUUAGUCAAAGUUCAAUCGAGAAGCGUAGAACGUGCUUAAGCUUAAUUAAGUUUCAGGUAGAACUUGAAGGUUGCUACCAUCAGCCGCUGUUUCGGGAAGUUUCUGAGAAGAAGACUUGGGCAUUGAAAUUAAAAAAUCCUGUCUACGACCACUUCCCUGCGCAAUACUCUCUAUGCUCUGAAUUGAAAGACGCUGCAACGUUGGUGAAGUCAGCUUUGUCUGUUAAGAAGAUUGCUGAGUUUAGGAAGAUGUCGUGGGGCCAUUUUCUUGAUGUGCCAGACCUUCAGUUUUCUGCUCAAAUUGUGCAUAGCUUGUUGUUAAGGCUGGUGUGUGAGCAGCCCGAAGACGAACUGUGGUUUUGCAUUAACGAGCAAUUGUUCAAGUUUACCUUUGUAGACUUUGAACGCAUCACUGGGCUCCGUUCUAGGGGUCCAACUCCAGCCUUCUCGGAUGAUGAAGGCAAUGGGAUGUUGUUAGAUGACUACUUUGGUGGUGCCACAGAGAUCAGUUUCAGAACGUUGACGGAAAAGAUGAGGUCAAUUAAGACGAAAAAGAGAGGCGGCCGUGGUGAUGCUUUGAAGCUUGCUUGUGCUUUUUAUGUACUAUGUGUUUUACUACCAAGGAACAAGAAAACAAACAUCAAUUCACAGUAUCUGAAACUGGCUGAUGAAUGGGACAAAUUUCAAACUUACCCUUGGGCAAAAGAGUCCUACACCUUGAUGGUCUCUCAUAUCAAGACCCUUAUGGUUGGGCAAGCCGAGAAGUUCAAGCAAAGUAAAGCCGCCAAUCCCAAUUACAAAAACGCAAAGUUCACAUUGCACGGGCUUCCUCACGUCCUACAGGUCCGCAAUCAAGUCCCACCAUGCCGGUUCCUUCUAUGCUACAUUCCAACUCAAAUAAGUCCAACAGAGGAUCUCUUAAGGGAAAAGGAAGUCAUCAAAUACAUUGAAAUAUAUCGAGUGAUAAAACAUUGUUGUCAUUACAUAAAAUAACACAUUCCUGAUCCAAGUCUUAAAAACAAGAGCAAAAUACUUUUAGUCCAACCGCACAGAGCCAAAAAAUUGGA